UUAAAAUCUAUUUUGGUUGGGUUUGAUUAUUUCAUAUAUUUUGUCGCUAAAAGGUAGCGCUGAGAUUCAAAAAGGAAGAUCACCUCUAUAUUACGAACCAUAUCUUUUCUAACCGCGUUAACAGCACUCCUACCGUGUUAUACACCGUCAUCUCAACCAAAGCGCAUGGCUCAUAGCAAUCGUUAUCACUUAUCGUUGUCAUGGUUCCAGUAUUUCAAAAUUCCUCAACAGAUUUUUACAAUGAAAUUUAUUGUUUGUACGUCGUGCAGAAGUCUAUAGUAGAUCGUCUAUUAGUGCGGUGUCCAACGUUCAUUAGUCGCUAGUAUUAAUUAGAAUAGCGAAUUGAACUGUAGAAAUGCCGGUUUCGUGAUUUCAGCAAUCAGCGAUGUAAACAGCAGUUAUUACCUACUGCAUUUUAUUUCAGUGCCAUUGAGUGUGAACACUAUGUCUCUGCUGAACAACAUCUGGAGUUGGGUGACCGGAAAAACCGAUGUGCCCGAGCUGCCAAAAAAUAUUUGUUUUGAAAAAGAUGUAACGCCAGAAAAUGAUUUUUGGAUAUCAUGUAUAUUAAACCCAUCGUUAGAUGUCAGAUACGUAAAUGGUAGAGUGACAAAAAUAUUGGACACUGACAAGUGUCUCAUUGACGAUAAAUACCACUAUCAACCGAAAACCGAAAAAGAAAUUCGAAACUUCCCAUACAUAGAGGUUAACAGUCCUGUCAGGAUAUCUCUUUAUAGAGAAAAAAACUCUAAAAAUGCAGAAUGGAGGGUUGCAAGUUGUUUUCUAUCCAGAGACGGUCCUCGUUAUCAGCCCAAUGUAAUCAGAUCAAAUGAGUCUGUUCGUGUUCUUCUUGAUGAUGUUGAACCAACUUCUCAAAUUGAUGAUAUUGAUGAUGUCAAUAUUGAUGAAAAUCAAAUGACUAUUGAAGUGUUAGGUGACAUGCCAAAAGUAAUUGGUUUUGAACAAGAAACUGUUAUACAGAUAUUAUUUAGAAAUAACAGUUUUGUCGAGGAGAAAAUAUUAAAUGAUUAUCAAACCAUGUUAGGAAACAAAGUACAAUUGUCAAUUGUUAAUAAAAAUAAGUUGCCUAUAAUAAUUGGAGUGCAGUCAGAAUAUAUUUUUGAUAUUACUCUCAAAGGAAAGUAUUUAGGAAAAUCUUAUGAAAGAGUUGAAUUUAUUUUUAAAGAUGUUACUUACAAAGUAGUCAUAAGCAUUGAUGUUACUGAUUCAAGAUUAAUUCUCCCAGGUAAUUCAGGUAGUUAUUCCAGGAAAGAAAUUGAUAUGCAAAGGUUAUUUGAAUUACAAAAUGAUCCAAUAGUUCCUGGUGUUCGAAGUGGCACUAAAACACAGUUUCCUGCAGUCCGUUUAAAACAAUGGAAUAUUCCAUCUCAGUUGUCAAAAUGUUAUUGGUCAGAAGAUGGAAAAUUAAAUCAAAUACCAUCUGAAAUUAAAAGUAACAUUCAAAAGUUUUAUCCUGCUGCUUUUGAAGUUCUUACCUACGAAAAUUACAAAGCAAAGUAUCAUACUAUUUUAUUUAUGGAUGAAAUAGAAAUUACAGCAGCUCUUCAAAAAUAUGCACAAGAAAGAACACAUUUUGAGACUGCUGGUGAAUAUUUAGUUCUAAAAAUACCUAACCUUUCUGAGCAACGACCCUCUUUAAUUGUUGGUGAUCGAAUAACAGUUACAGAUCCACCAAACUGUACUAAAAGAUUAGGUGAGUGUGGUCGCUAUGAAGGCAUAAUUCAUAAGGUUUUAGCAGAUGAAAUAUGGUUGAAGUUCGAUCCUGUAUUUCAUAGUAUAUGUGGCCAUUGGGAUUAUAGUGUGAAUUUUUUCAAUGCUAGAAUGAUGUAUCGAAAACAACAUGAAGUAAUCGACGAUGUGUGGAAAAAGAACAGAUUAGGCGAAUUAUUCUUGUUUCCAUACUGUGAUUCCUUGGAAUACCGGCCAUCAAAAUUAAAGAUCCUAAACCAUGAUAAGAUAGACACAAAUAACACCAAUGAGGAUAAUUUAAAAAAAGAUAGCAAUACCCUGUUACCACAACCAAAGAUAGUACAAAAAAUCAGAUGGUUUAAUAGUAAAUUGAACUUUGAACAAAAAAGUGCUGUCAUUAAUAUUCUGAAAGGUGAAGGAAGACCAAUGCCAUACAUUAUUUAUGGACCCCCUGGGACUGGUAAAACAAUAACAAUGACAGAAAGCAUCAUUCAAGUAUAUAAAGAAUUCCCUAAAAGCAAAUUAUUGAUUUGUGCUCCAACCAAUUCUGCUGUUGACAUGUUACUGUCUAAACUUAUAGAUUCUGGUUUAUUUGAUACCACUAUUAUGAAACGUUUAGUUGCCUAUAAUCAUUUUAUUGGUUCAGCUUAUAACAUGGAUUAUGAUGAAUAUUGUGUUUUACCAGAACUUGAGAGUUCACAAUUUAAUGAUGGCACAGAAAUAGAUUCUAGGUUAAUUAGAAAACAAGAUAUUCUCAAGCUACGAAUAGUUCUUUCCACUGAAGGUACAGCUGGAUUGUUGUAUAUGAUGGGUUUAAAGAGUGGAACCUUCACUCAUAUAUUUAUAGAUGAAGCUGGACAAUCAACAGAACCAGAAAUAUUAUUACCACUUACAUUUUUGGAUCCAUACCGAGAUGGACAAGUUGUUUUGGCUGGAGAUCCCAAACAAUUAGGACCUGUGGUCAUGUCAUUUUUAGCAAAAGAUUGUGGCCUGGGACUGUCCAUGUUAUCUCGUUUUAUCAACUACCCAUCAUACCUGAGAAAUAAUGAUGUUUUUCCUGAGCACAAUGGUUAUAACCCAAAACUUAUUACACAUUUAACUCAUAAUUAUCGAGCUUUGCCAGAAAUUGUAUUGAAUUACAAUCAUUUAUUUUAUCAAUCAUUAUUAGUACCAACUAUUUUGAAUGAUAACGCUCGGGAAAGAAUAUUAUUAAACAAUUUGAAUGAAAACGCUCACUGGGAAAUAGAUUGUAAAGGACCCGUUAUUGUGCAUGGUGUAGUUGGUGAAGACAGCCAAGAUCCCAAUAGUCCUUCAUGGUUUAAUCCUCAUGAAGCUUUUCAAGUCUUAUUGUACUUUACUAGAUUGAUAAAGUCUGGUAUAUCUGCUAAUGAUAUUGGAAUUAUUACCCCAUACGCUUCUCAAGUUUCCAAAAUUAAUGAGUUACUGAAAAUGUAUCAUCCAGAUAUAAAAUUACCAAAAGUAGGCACAGUGGAAAUGUUCCAAGGUCAAGAGAGAAUGGUUAUUAUCAUAUCAAUAGUUAGAAGCAAAUCCAUAGCUGGAAGUCAAAAAGAUAAUACAUUUAAUCUCGGUUUUCUUAAUGCUAAAGAACGCACUAAUGUUGCAUUGUCUAGGUCUAAGGCAUUGCUCAUAAUUAUUGGAAAUCCAUCAACAAUGCAAAAGAAUUACUGUUGGAGAUAUGUACUGUCACAAGCAAUUAAAAAUGACAACUAUAUUGGGUGUAAUGUUACUGAAUAUUCAGACUCUGAAUACUGUAUAAAACAUUAAAACAUUCUCAAUUUUUGCAAUUUAAAUUUUAUUGUUAAAAUGAUAAUAUUGAAGUUAUUUUGUUAAAAUUAUAUAAAUAUAUAUUGUAAUUUCACAGCCAAUAUAA